CUUCAACUCGAGCUCUCAACCCUUACGAAGACGAUUCGCAUUCCCUCCGUCAAUAUGUCAAGCCAAUUCGAGCUUGCGCAGAACCCCACCGAGCCCAUUUCCUCUGUCAAGUUUGCGACCAACAACCCGACACGACUGCUAGUCGCAUCCUGGGAUCGGCAUGUCUACCUAUACGAUACGCACGCUGAACCCGGCGGCAAGCUGUUGCAAAAGUUCCAAUUUCCCGCACCAGUACUAGACGUAUGUUUUGGGCGCGACGACAACGAGGCUUUCAUAUGUGGGCUGGACUGGGAGGUACGGAGGAUUGACCUCGAGACUGGCGAGCAAACCAUCAUGUCCACUCACUCUCAAGGCGUCCGCAACAUUCUGUACUCAGCAGCGCACAACCUCCUCAUCUCCGCAUCCUGGGACUCAACCCUACAUCUUCACGACCUCUCGCGGCCGGGCGACUUCUCCUCCGUCCGUCUCCCUUCCAAGCCUUUCUCGCUCUCCGCAUCCCACACGAAACUAGUCGUCGCAAUGGCUAGCCGAGCAGUCAAUAUCUACGAACUAGAUCAGCUGGCAGGUGCAGCGCAGAGAGGCGGAGGACAAGAUGUGGGCGUAGAGCCGUGGCAGCAACGAGAGAGCUCGAUGAAGUACAUGACGCGCGCCGUAGCAUGUAUGCCCAACGACGCAGGAUACUCGAGUUCCAGUAUCGAGGGACGUGUGGCAGUUGAGUGGUUUGACCCGUCGGAAGAGUCGCAAUCGCGGAAAUACGCCUUCAAGUGCCACAGGCAAGCAGUCGACGGGCAAGACGUUGUGUACCCGGUUCACGCACUGGCAUAUCAUCCAGUCCACGGCACCUUUGCCACAGGAGGUGGUGACGGCGUAGUCGCGCUUUGGGAUGCCGUUGCAAAAAGGAGGAUAAGACAGUACCAGAAAUUCCCCGCAAGCGUCCAGACCAUCGACUUCUCUAGCGACGGCAAAUAUGUUGCCGUUGGUGUCAGCCCGGGCUUCGAAGAUGGCGUGGAUGAUGUCCCUGAUGGCGUUACGAAGGUCUUCAUCCGCGAGCUGAGCGCAACGGAAGCACAAGGCAAGAAGAAGUAAAGGUGAAAAAGAUUACUGAAGAGGUGGAGUUUGGCGUUCAUGUGGCGCGAUCUGGGAAAGAAGACAAUACCAUACUUUUAUACCAAAACAUUACGAAUACCUUCAAGCAGCCUUCCAACACGUGCAUCGCAUAAGACUAAUACUCCACUUACAUUUGACCGCCUCCUGACCCUUGCUCUAGGACUGCAAUAACGUCAAUGGUUUUACAGUCGCUAUCAAACCCCCAAGGUACAGGACACGGUCUUGCGCAAUCAGUUUCCUAGUCGCGAAAACAAACUCUUCUACAUUUCCGGUCCGUUGGUUGGGGUUUCGCCCCUGCACUUUGUGCAUGUCCACAUACAAAAGCCCGAG